CGUGUGUGUGCGUGUGUGUGCGUUUCAUCCCGAUGUCGUCAUGUGCGCCCUCCUGCAGGCGGGGGUCCCUGCAGUCAGCGGUGCUCAGUGGUGGGGGGCCGCUCCAGCUGCUCCUGCUUCGCGGGGUACUCCCUGAUGCCAGACAGACUCUCCUGCGAUGAUGUGGACGAGUGUGUGAGCGGCGUGCACAGCUGUGGCGUGGGCGAGCGAUGCGUGAACACGGUGGGGUCACAUGUGUGCGAGCGCCAGCUUUCCUGCUCGGCUGGCUACCAGUCCCGGAAUGGCGUGUGCGAGGACAUCGACGAGUGCAUGGUGCGGACCCACAACUGCGGUGCCGGGCUGGUGUGUAAGAACACGGACGGGUCGUUUGUGUGCGGCCCCAAACAGAAGUGUCUGACCGGCUUCAAGCUGGACUCGCACGGGAACUGCAUCGACAUCAACGAGUGCAGCUCCCUGUCGGAGACGUGUAGCCCCGGGUUCAAGUGCAUCAACACGGUGGGCUCCUACACCUGCCAGCGCCAGGUCAUCCAGUGUUCCCAGGGCUACCAGUCUGGGCCUGAUGGGACCAGGUGCAUCGAUGUGGAUGAGUGUCUGAUGGGCACCUACCGAUGUGGAACGGGACAGAUCUGUCACAACCUGCCUGGCAGCUACCGCUGUGACUGUGGGGCUGGCUACCAGUUCGACACCGUCCGCAAGGUCUGCAACGAUGUGAACGAGUGCUGGCGCUACCCAGGCCGGCUGUGCUCCCAGACCUGUGACAACACCCCGGGUUCCUACCAGUGCUCCUGCACCGCCGGAUUCGCCCUGGCCUUCGACGGCAAGAACUGUGAUGACCUGAAUGAAUGCGACUCAAACCCGUGCAGCCAGGAGUGUGCAAACAUCUACGGAUCGUACCAAUGCUACUGCCGCCAGGGCUUCUACCUGAAGGAGGACGGGCACACCUGCGAAGACAUUGACGAGUGCUCCCAGAGCAUUGGGAACAUGUGUGCGUUUGAGUGCGUCAACGUCCCGGGGAGCUACCAGUGUGCCUGUCCCACCACGGGGUACACCAUGGCCGCCAACAGACACACCUGCAGAGAUAUUGAUGAGUGCACCACCGGCGCCCACAACUGUUCUGGGGAGCAGAGCUGCUACAACAUCCAGGGGAGCUAUCGCUGCCUCUCCUUCACCUGCCCGCCCAACUACAAGAAGGCAUCUGACACGCGCUGCGAGAAGCUGGGUUGCCCGGGCAACGCGCCGGAGUGCCUGAAACUCCCGCUGCGCAUCACCUACUACCAGCUCAACUUCCAGACCGACAUCCUGACGCCGGCGCAGAUCUUCCGCAUCAGCCCGUCGCCCGCCUACGCCGGCGACCAAGUGUCCGUGGCCGUCACCCGCGGCAACGAGGAGGGCUACUUCAGCACGCGCAAGCUCAACGGCUUCACGGGCGCCGUGUACCUGCAGCGGCAGGUGCGCGAGGCCAAGGACUUCCUGGUGGACGUGGAGAUGAAGCUGCUCAGACAGGGCAGCAUGACGUCCUUCGUGGCCAGGAUACACGUCUUCAUCACGGCCAGCACCCUGUGAGCUCUGAGCACAGGGGGGGGGGGGGGGCUCUUCCUCGUGGAUGCACGGGGUUUUCAUCUUGUCCGGAACCUCCGCGAGCAGAAGGAGGAGGAUUUGUCCACGGGAGGGAAUGGGGGGAUGGGGGACAGACGGAUGGACGGACUGAUGGACAGACAGAGAGACUGAAUGGCAGUGGUCCUCAACUGCCGUGUUUUGUGGUAGGAUUUCAGACUUCACUCGUACUCGCACUAGUCAACAUUAUCCGACUGUUUGCGUCAAAUCCAUAUCACCAAAGAAAUCGUUGUUGCUGUUUUUGUUUGUUUUUUGUUUUUGUUUGUUUUUCCGAGGCUUGGCCAUACUUUACACGUCUAUUUUGGCAUGCGAUGAAACACAUAUAUCGAUAGCCUAGGCCGCGGUUGUAUUUUAGCUGAUUAUUUAAGGAAAACCUCACCAAAAGUUAAAAUGACUAUUAUUUAAUGAUUUUAUUGAAACUUAAAUGAAUGUAUUGCUCUACUGCUUUAUUUUAUCCGUCUAUAACUUUCAUACAUUUUCUUGAAUAAUUACCGUGUAAGAAUUUAGCCAAUCUCUCAAUAUUUCACUCUACAUUAAAACGUUAAAGCUAGGGUAGGCAAUCUGAAGAAACCGGCCAGAGUAGGCUACAUUUUUAAAGUAACCAAUAGAAAACGUCCAACCCUUCCCCUUUAGGCCUCCUUCCGAAGCCACCAAUUACGUGACAAGGUAGACUGACAGGUCGUCCAAUCAUUGGCCUAACAUAGGCGAAAAAAAGCUUCCAACAUGAAUUGCCUACGCUAGCUUUCAAAAACGUUUACAAAAGUCUGGAAGGGUUAAGAAAUACCACAAAUGGGGCACUUUUUGAAAUUCAAUUUUGCUGUUUACUCAAACUGUGGUUAAUGUGUUCACUGUAGCGCAUCUUUAUAAUAGGCUUAUUUGUGUGAUGUAAAUAUUGUUUCACAGACUUGAUAAACACCGAGUUGGGUUGAGACGUGUGACCUUGCAGAGGUGUAUUUUACCACCCUGUGUUUGGUUGAUUCUGACACCUGGCAUCAUCUCAAAUUCUUAAACCUUUUUACCUGAGAACUGGAAAAAUAUAUGCGUUAUUCACUUGUAUUUAACUCAGGCCAGGGUAUGAACAUUUAAAUAUUCUGCACACCUGAGACAUAUCUCCAUGUUGUGUCCAUUCCAGUUAUUCCUCUCAAUUACUAUUUCCAGAAGCCAAGUGGAUUGUGGUUGAAGAACAAAUACCAUGAUUGAGUGUUUAUUUUUAUUUCACCAAUAAAGCUGCACAUCAUCGUCCAA